ACGCCUGCGGAGACGAUCUUUGAUAGUAUGGACCAAAUGGGGAUCAACUUUUCUUGCUUUCUCGCUGUUUGGAUUGAUUUGGGGGGAAAAACAACGACAACAACAAAACACAGGCAGAAAACUCAGGUUGCAUUUGAGGAAAGGAGUUGCUGAUUAUUGUGGUUGCAUCCUCUCUUGGGUCACUCGUGAUGAGAAUUCGUGGAGGGAAAAUGAACGAGGGAGGGCAAUUCGCCAUUUUUCAGAAAAAGGAAAUACCUUCAAACACGCACGGAGUGGACGUAUUGCUUUGCAUUGCGGUCAGUUGGCACUUUAAUAGUGACUAAUCUGUCAAGAGUACCGUGGAAGCGUUCUGGUAUUUACAUAACAUAGCUAAUAAUGUGUGGUUUACACUACUUAGCUUAGCUUUAUUCUGAUUAUUGGCUAGAAUGAACGUUUUUCCUAACACGACUUGACGGGAGUUGAUGCUGAAUGCAUCCUGCAACAGGUGCCGCACUCUGGAGAUAGAAAAUGUCCAUCAGAUGAUUCCAUCAGGUAAUCUGGAGGAUCAAAUGGUUGCCAUGGAGAUGUAUUAAAAGGAUAAGGCCUUAGGAAGAGCUGCAUUACACUGUCAUGCUGCAAAAAAAGCAGUGACAUCCUUGAACAGCAUUUCUAUUUGCAACACUAAAUGGUUCUAAUGCGCUUUAAAAGCGCUUUUCCUGUAAGCGAACAAAAGUAUCUCAGGUCAUCCAAAGGUGUACUUAUUAUGCAGUAUGCAGACAUCGCUCACUGUAUAACAUUUAGCCGGGGCGCGAAGUUGAGCCAUGUUGGCCUCGCUUGUUGACUAUGUUGUGACAACACGGUGUGUUUAACUGCUCUGUGAUCUGAUCUGCACUCUAAAGUGGGCCAACAGAAUGAGCAACCUGCACGUUUACACAAACACACACAACAUUUCGGUCACUUACGGCAUCUCACUCGAGUGACUGCACCCCUCGCAUUUUAAUAACCAUUUUAUGACAGCGUAUCUUCUCAAGGGACAAUACUACUUUGCUAUACUUUAGAGUAGUCAGUGUAGAGCUUGUAUAGCGGUAAAGAUUUACCGUUAACACAGAUCCAUUAUUGCCUAAAUAGCUGGCAACACAAGUGAGUAGCAAGAUCAUUGUGUCUGGCCUACAGUCAAGCAUGGUGGUGGUGGAGUGCACGAGUGCUGCCGGCACGAGGGUAGCUGCGGUUCACUGAGGCGAAACAUGCAUUCCAACACGUAAUGUGACAUUGUUGAGUAGGCAUGGGCCGGGUACCGGUUUCAAGGUAUACCACGGCGUGAAAAAGUCACAGUUUCAAAUACGAUACGAGGGAAAAGUGGAGGUCCAGCGUGGGGAAAUACAGUACUUUGUCACGUCCUGAGUUAUUCCUCUCAGCCGAAACUGGGUUUCAAUGUGGCGUGUGCUGUGUUGCCAUACGUCAGGCAUACAGCAGAUGCCACAGGCUUUGUUAGGUAUCUCGUUAGCCUUGAGCGGCGUCGGUGUGGCUGCCCGUUGACAUAUUACGGGGGGGGUCACCAAAUGUGCAGAUGUAAUUGAGAAGGAGACGGGGGUGGCGUGGAGUGGAGGAUAAGUGCUAUAAAGCCUUUACUCUCCACUGACCAACAAGCAACCACCACUUAACAUCUCAGCUGCUAACAACAAUCACAUGACCCGGAAACUGAAGUUUGGGGAAAGGUGUGACCUGCCACUAAGAAAUGAUAACACAAAAAAAGAUCUAUGUUGUAACGUUCUUGGGUCAUAUUUAUUUGCAUUUUGCUUUGAAAAUAUUUAUGACUUCUAUGACUUGAGUUGCAGGAUUAGCCACAGUAGACUGCACUGAGAGCUACAUUUUAUUUAUUUAUUUAGAAAAAAGUGCGUUAUUUAUUUUAAAUACAUAUCUUCCAUUGUCAUCGCAUCAUACUAUAUGGUUUGAAAAUGGCUGUUUGAAAGAUAUUUGAAAAUAGCACAUUUAAGAGGUGUAAUUAUAAUACCGUCCAUGUGAGAUAUUUUUGCCCGAGGUUAUACCGUCAGAAUCCCACACCGGCCCAUUCCUACUGGGUCACAUGGCAUCCCAAGCACACCUCCAGGAUGACAAGGUGAAAGUGAUGGGAUGCCUAAGUAUGUCUCCUCCAGACCUGAACCAACCGAGCAUUUCUGGGGCAUCCUCAAGUGGAAUGCGGGAAGGUGGAGCAGAGCAAGCAAGCGUCUGGUGGUGGUGGUCCCCAACGAGAGUUCCUUCCCGGCCGUGCGGCGGGCCUACACCAGUGAGGAUGAGGCGUGGCGGUCGUACCUGGAGAACCCGCUGACGGCCGCCACCAAGGCCAUGAUGAGCAUCAACGGCGACGAGGACAGCGCCAACGCCUUGGGCUUGCUCUAUGACUACUACAAGGUUCCCAAGGAAAAGAGACUCCUGCCUGCUCCCAAAGUUGUGGAAGCAACUGAAGAACAGGAGAAAAAGUCUACGUUGUCUAGCAGCGGCGACAUGGAGGCCCUGGACAACCGCGUCCAGGUCCUCAAGACCGUCCCCGUCAACCUGUCGCUCAACACGGAGCAACCUGAUGUCAAACGUGAGCAAUUCGCAGCGGCUGUGGCGCUGACCUCCGGAGAAGGAGGCGCGCCCUCCGUGGCACUGGUGAAGGCCGAGGGGUACGCCCCCGUGUACAUGACGGGUGCCGGGCUCCAUUACCGGACGGACGGGGAGGAGCCGGCCAGGGUGGUGUACGAGCAGAGUCCCUACGAGGUGACCACCGUCAGUCACAACUCCUACGCCAAGGAGGACCAGCAGAGCCCGCCGGACAGCCCGUUUGAUGAGGACAGGGAUGCGAAGUACCACACGCCUUCUUCUCUGGCGUCAGACGACUUCUUAUUCCACCAGGAGGGAGUUGACAGCUUCCAGUACACACUGGACGCCACGCGUUCGCUACGCCAGAAGCAGGGCGAGGGCCCCAUGACGUACCUGAACAAGGGGCAGUUCUACGCCGUGACGCUGAACGAGCUCAGCGCCAACAAGCGCCUGCGUCACCCCAUCAGCAAAGUUCGGAGCGUAAUCAUGGUGGUGUUCAGCGAGGACAAGAACCGGGACGAGCAGCUUAAAUAUUGGAAGUACUGGCACUCCCGGCAGCACACGGCCAAGCAGAGGGUCCUGGACAUCGCCGAUUACAAAGAGAGCUUCAACACCAUCGGCAACAUCGAGGAAAUCGCCUACAACGCCAUCUCCUUCACCUGGGACGUGAACGAAGAGGCCAAGAUCUUCAUCACAGUCAACUGCCUGAGCACGGACUUCUCGUCGCAGAAGGGCGUCAAGGGUCUUCCUCUGAUGAUUCAGAUCGACACGUACAGCUACAACAACCGCAGCAACAAGCCGCUGCACAGGGCCUACUCGCAGAUCAAAGUCUUUUGCGACAAGGGAGCUGAGCGCAAAAUUAGAGACGAGGAGAGAAAACUAUUCCGCAAGAAGUCGAAAGGUAAAGAUGGAGGUGUAGGCGUGAUAACAGUUCCCAAAAAGUCAGACACAACAUAUUUCAAGACCAUGACUGACCUGGAAGCGCAGCCGGUCCUCUUCAUCCCUGACGUCCACUUUGGCAACCUGCAGAGGGCAGGACAGGUAUUCACCUUCAACACAGAGGAGAUCGAGCGAGAAGGGAGCGUGCUGGUGAAGAGAAUGUUCAGGCCGUCGGAUGAAGACUUGUGUCCGUCGCCGCAGAAACAGAUCAAGGAGGAGACGCACAAGAGAGUGUUGCUGUACGUCCGCAAAGAGACAGACGAGGUGUUUGACGCGCUGAUGCUCAAGUCCCCCACGCUCCGAGGCCUCAUGGACGCGAUAUCUGAGAAAUACGGGGUGGCAGCCGAGAAGAUCUCCAAAGUGUACAAGAAAAGCAAAAAAGGCAUCCUGGUCAACAUGGAUGACAACAUCAUCGAGCAUUACUCCAACGAGGACACCUUCGUCCUUCACUUGGAGAGCCAUGCCGACGCCUACAAGGUGACGCUGACGGAGAUAUGACAGCGGAAAAAGGGGGCGUGCCCCACCAAGCACCCUCAUCCUGUGACAUCCGAAAAGACUGCCUCUGAUUGGCUGACACUGUGCUCUGGAGGGGAACUGUUACAGUGUGUCCUAAAAGGCAGAAAUAACAGAGCACAGAUUCAUGGAUCCACGCCACGGUUUUAUUGACUGUAUAAAAUGUGUUGUCGUCGUGUACAUACUUGACUCGUAUUGACAAAACUGCCCAUCAGGAGUAGCCUUGUGAGAUGCCUGAUGAAAACUGUCUAUGCAAUAGUUUGAAGUAAGGCGUAAUUAGCAGCUUCAUUUGCAUGCCCGCCUUUGUAUUUGUUUGUUUUUAUAGCAGUUUUAUUAUUUAUUGAUGCUUUGCGGUAUAUCCAUUGAUUUCAAGUGCAGUACUUCACAUUUCAGUGACUUAACAGGAAGUCACCCUCAACAGGAGCCCUCGUGUGAUUUUUCUUUUAAAAAAAAAUAAAAAAUUUUAAAGGGUUUGUAUUGCAGAU